UUGUACCAAUAAACAGCUAUAUCAAUGCCCCUGCAUAUCUUCACGCCAUUCAGUUCCUUGCCGAACAUCGAAUGUAAGGUGCGCAGGGCUGAAAUGAAUACAAAUAAGAAAACACUUAGGCCCGCCGAGGUUGUCAUCUUUAACCAUGAGCACUUCAACAACAACAACAACGAGUUCCGAUCGGGAAGCGCCAAGGAUGUCGAAUUGCUGCAAACGACCUUCAAGAAGCUCAAGUGUGGGGUGACGAUCAUUCAGGAUGCAACGGUCAAGCAGGUCAGGAGCACUGUGAAAUUGCUGGAACAGAAAAACUUGGAGGAUCACUCAGCUUUAGUGGUGGUCAUAUUGAGUCACGGCCAGCGACACGAAACGAUAGCCGCCUACGACGGAACGUAUGAUCUGAACUCGGAUAUAAUCCAUCCCAUAUCGCGCAACAACACGCUGAACGGAAAGCCAAAAAUCUUGUUCAUUCAAGCCUGUAAGGGCGUCAGAGAGGUGACCAUACUUAAAGGAAUGUUCGCCCAGGUUUCCAGUUUUCCCGAUCUUCCCUGUAAUGUACUAAAGUGCUUCAGCAGCUAUGAGGGAUUUGUCUCCUAUCGCUGGAAAGAUGGCACGCCCUUCGUCAGGCAACUGUGCGAGACACUAGAGGAAAGUCCGCAUGUCGACAUUGUAACCAAUAUGGAUCGUGUUCGAUUAUUGGUAAUGCAAUCGACCAACAAUGCUCAAGUACCUUCGGUAACCCACUCACUGAGGACCAAGUACGCUUUUGGAGAUUACAUAUAAGAUUUUAUAAAAAAAAAAUGUCUUUUAUGUUUUUAUAUUAUUUUUUUAUAUCAACCCUAUAAUAUAAUCCUUCUUCUCGCCUGGCAGUACCAAGAUAUUGCUGACACAUAAUUAAAAUUGUUACAUACAUACGGAUAUAAAUGUAAAAUAUAUAUUAACACAAUUAAA